ACAGCCCGUCACUGCACACUGCUACAAAAAUAUGACCCCGAGAAUAGCGACUCCUGCGCUUCAACACUUAGGACAACACAUCGAAUAAUUCCAACAGAAAUCACAGACUACCGCUGAGUCUCAACUACUCCAUUUCUCUGUCUCUUUUUCCACCUUCUCUCUGCGCUGGAUCUUUCGAGCCAAGAAAUGUGUGUGGAGAGCGAUGGGUGCGAGAUUGAAGGCUGCAGCACUUUGGAUGAGGUGCGCACGCUGUCCGGCAGCAUGAGCCCCGCGCUGAAAUCCAACCCGGACCUCCACCCGUGCAAGCCCGGGCACAAAUUCCGCGCCGCGCUGCUCAAAUGCCGCUCACCGGCUGCUGCCGCCGGGAUCCUCACUUUUGGGAACGUCCUCAAUUACAUGGAUAGAUACACUGUAGUCGGUGUUCUGCUUGACAUCCAGCGGCAUUACGGAGUAUCAGACAGUGGAAUCGGCUUGUUGCAAACAGUCUUCAUCUGCAGCUUCAUGGUAGCGGCUCCCAUCUUCGGUUACCUGGGCGACCGCUUCAACAGAAAGGUCAUCCUGAGCUGUGGCAUUUUCUUCUGGUCCAUUGUUACUCUGUCCAGCUCCUUCAUCAGCAUAGAGUACUACUGGCUGUUUGUGCUCUCCAGAGGCCUGGUGGGUAUCGGAGAGUCCAGCUACUCCUCCAUCUCUCCCACCAUCAUAGGAGACCUGUUCACUAACAACAGCCGCACCAUGAUGCUCUCUGUCUUCUACCUGGCCAUCCCACUGGGAAGCGGGUUGGGCUACAUCCUGGGCUCCAGCGCCAAGGUGGCUGCGGGAGACUGGCACUGGGCACUGAGGGUGUCCCCAGCUUUAGGGAUCACUGCGGGAACCCUCAUCCUGCUCUUCGUGCCCGAGCCGAAGAGAGGCGCCCCAGACCAGAUGGGAUACAUCAAGACCCGCACUUCCUGGCUCUGUGACAUGAAGGCACUCGCCAAGAAUCGGAGCUAUGUGUCCUCCUUGGCAUCCUCCUCGGUGUCUUUUGCCACUGGUGCGUUUGGUAUGUGGAUCCCUGUGUACCUGGCCAGAGCUCAGGUCGUGCAGAAGACGGCAGAGCCCUGCACCACUAAAGAGAUCUGCAGCAGCACGGACAGCUUCAUCUUCGGGGCGAUCACCUGUGUGACGGGUCUCCUGGGCGUGGUCAUCGGGGCGGUCACCACUCGCCUUUUCCGCCAGAAGACAGAGCGAGCCGACCCGCUGGUGUGCGCUGUCAGCAUGCUGGGCUCGGCCAUCUUCAUCUGCCUCAUCUUUGUGGUGGCCAAGAAGAGCAUUAUAGGAGCCUAUGUUUGCAUCUUCAUAGGAGAGACGUUGCUUUUCCUGAACUGGGCCAUUACUGCAGACAUUUUAAUGUUUGUCGUCAUCCCCACGAGGAGAGCAACGGCGGUCGCCUUCCAGAGCUUCACCUCGCAUCUCCUGGGUGACGCAGGAAGUCCAUACCUGAUAGGCCUGAUCUCGGACGGCCUUCAGCAGACCUAUGCUACAUCAGCGCUUUGGCGGUUCCUCAGUCUAGGCUAUGCCCUCAUGCUCUGUCCCUUCAUCAUCGUCCUGGGGGGCAUGUUUUUCCUGGCCACUGCGCUGUUUUUCCUGGAUGACAGGGAGAAGGCCGACAAACAGUUGAGCCAGAUGACAAGACAACCCUCCACAGUCAAGGUGACUGCCAUAUGAGGAGCAACCAAGGAUGACAAAAUGGAGAUAACGCAAGGGGAGCUGAUCCACUUCUAUAAAUCACCUCCAUUUUCUCUUCGCCGCCACCAUAAUCAUCCUCCUCCUCUUGGCUCCUGCUGUUCUUCCUUCACCACACAGAGGCAGCUCAGAACUGGAACGAGGGAGCGUCUUGCCCCUCCUUGAAACGCCUCUAAAUCACAGGUCGGUGAGAUGGCGCACAGCGAUGCCCUAAAGCUGGCAGCCGACAGCUGGUGUCCUCCUCACCUCUGUGAGGACCCACUGAACCUUCCAGGGAGAAGGCGGGGUGGUGUAACUCCCUCAGUGACCCCUCCGACUCCCGAUGACAUACUACUGAAUGCUGACCAUGAACCUGCCCUGUCUCUCUCUAUGUAACUGUCUGUCUCAUCGGCUGUCAAUCUGCACCAAGUGCCAUAGCAUCAUACAUUCCUUCAGACUUUGCACUGACCACCAACUACCCUCAUGACUUCAUCACUGACUAUGUUUACAUGCACACUAUAAUUAAGUAGCCAUUUAUAUUUGCGAGACAGUAGAAGUAGUUGUUCACUGCUGUCAUAAAGCUCCAUUGGUGUCUCCUCUGCUCCAAUACAAAUAAUCAUCACUUAAUUCUGCCCAACGCUCAGAGCCUGUAAACAGACCGGCGCUUUAAAAUACAAUUUAUGUGGGGCAAGUGAUGCAACUCCUUUAAAGUAGCUGCAAGAAUAUAAUUCUCAAAGUGAUUUUCAACUGAUCAAAAGAGCUCCAAAAGUCAGAAUAUUCUGCAAAACUUAGCGGCAGUAUUACCAACAUGAACUUAAAUAAAGUGUUUACACGAUAAAUGCAGUAUUCUCAUAAUCGAUCAAAGUCAUAGCUGUGCAUGUAAACAUAGCAGUCAAACCCAGAGCCAAAAACCGUCUAAAGGUCAGUGAAUCAGCCUUAAAAAUUGGAGCGUUCCUAUCAGCAGCUGUUACCUUUUGACCCCUACAUGUGUUUGUAUUUUUAGCACUUACAUCAGAGUAGACGGUGCCAGAGAACAUGACAGAGAUGAAAGAUUUCUGCACAUCUUUUUUUUCACAAGUUUCCGUGUGGUUUUUAUUUUUUUCUGUGUGAUGUUGGAUUUGAAACUGGAGGUUACUGCCUAUGAUUGUUUCAGAAGGACCAUGAUGCAAUCGGGGCGAUUAAACAGACACUGGACUCUAUAUUUUAUAAUUUAUAAUGUACAUGCUUUCCCCAAAAGUAAAUGAAAUGUUACUCUUUUGACUUUUAAGGAGAAACACAGGUGUGUUUUUAUCUGUACAUUAGAAGCAAUACAAACCUUUUUUGAAGGAGCCAACCUUUUUAUUCACACUGCCUUAUCAGUGAGCUUGGUUUUCUCUUUAAGGAGAUUAGCUCUCUGAUGGUUGGUUUUGAAUUUCUGGACACAUCACCCACACAGAGACAGAAUGGCUUUUAAUGAUGGAUUCCAGUCCAGUCUACCCUGGUUACAAUACCAGGCAUUGUGAAAAGAGACUUUUCCCCCUCGCAAUUGUAGAUAUCCCAUUCCAUGAUCUAAAGAAAGGACCUUUGAGAAGAGCUGGAGCCAUGGUCAUCAAGUUAUUACUGAGAGACAUCAAAAUCCUAGACAGGAACAGGAAAUCCUUCAGGCCCAGGUUAGACUGAUGGCGAGCUCUUAUCUUAGAUAACGGAUAAGAGAGGAAUCCUUUAUGAAACCAGGCCAUCAUGUCCUCAGAUGUCAAAGCAGAGUCAACUUGAAAAUCUGAACCAGCAACAUGUUCUCACUCUCAACUUGUCAAAUACAGCAGUUCUGUCAGGGACCAUGGCAACACUUUUUAACGCACUGGCGUAUUCGCCCUUUAGCAUCAUUGUUCAACGUGCAGGGAAUUCCAAGAGAGUAAAAAGUGUGUCAUUAGUUACCAUUAGGUUUCAGUAGGUUAAAUUCUGGUUAGAUAAAUUCCGUUGCAUAACGCUACCAAAUGUUACUUUAUGCUGUUUGUCAACACAACUACUUUUGUCUAGGAAAGGAUUGCGUUUUGGGUUGCAAUAACUUCAUUAAUUCAGUAUAUUGAGUACGUGAUGGCAGAUAAGUCCGUUAGUUAAGUCUAAAUAAGUCAACUUUAAUUUCACACAAACAGCUAUCCCUGAAAGUCGUGUGUUUGGUUGACUCGUCGGCCCAACCUGACCAUCUCGAAACUUUUUGGGGGUAUAUAUUUGACAUCCCCCUUUACAUCCGUCAUUAUAACCACAGCCAAUAGAAGCAGCCCUGCAUCUGUAAAAAUUAUGCUUGAGGGAUCAGUAGUACCACUGACAGGCUGAACCUUUCGGACAAGUGGGGAGUGAGAAUGACAUAGAGAUCUAAUAAGAUUAAGUACACCAUCAGUAGAAUUUAGAUUUCAUCACUCAUUAUUACACCUAUUGCAUCAUAUUUGUAAUAACGCGAGUUUAAUGCUAAAUAUUACAAAGAAGAAAAAAGUCUGCUUUUGCUAGUUGCUUGUAUAUACAGUACAAAGAUGUAGGCAGAAGCUGAAGGAUCAUUUUGUUUUUCAUUACCUGGUGGAUACAAUUUAAUACAAACUUUGAAGCCACUAAUGGAGUCAAAGGUUUAAAAUCUGCUGCAUAAAGGGAAGAAAAAAGCACUUUGCAAGAAACACACAGAAGGAGGAGGAUGGAAUGACCUUAUCGGAGGAAUAAAAGGGAAACGUCGGGGUGGUUUUUGUAGCAUUGAUGUGUGAGCAUGACUCACCGGCUGUGUGCGGGGUGCUGUGUGGGCUGUGUCCUUGUUGCCAGAUCAUUAGCUUUAGCUUCUGUCCAACUGCGUGGAGCUUUCUGAAUGUGAUUCUGUCCAACCUGACGUGUUUACACACCUACACCUUCUUAAUGAACUAAGCUUCUUACCUUCCUAUUGUUGAUUUUUUCUUAAUGUUACCAAAUUAGUUGUUUUUUUUAUAACUACAAUAGAGAUAUAUAUCACGCAGCAACUUUAAUAUAUUGUAAAUGAUGGCUUGGAUGCAAUGUAUUUAUUUGUUUGUUACCAUAAUGAAGAAUAAUCUAUAAAGGGAAUUUAAGGUUUGAGUAUAUUACACGUUGUUGUAUGUCAUUGGGUUUAGAAAUGCUUGUUUGUUCAUUCUUUUGUAUCACAAUGAAACAACACAAUACCUUUUUACAUCACUAAGAUUCCUCCUGUUUACUGUGAUCAUGAAUUGGACAUCUCACGCAUUUUACACGCAAAAAGAAAUGUGAUGUGAUGCAUUUAGGACAACAUAUCGGUCUCAUGUUUAGGGUGCAAUACUUUUUUUGCAUUCAUUAUUGUAGCUCUUGUAAAUGUUUUCAACUGAUCAAACCAUUUUGCACACUUAAUGUUCAGGGAUUUAUUUGAACCAUAGCCUAGCAUCAACUCCACGGCCUUUAACACAGGUCUGUCUCUUCAUGCUCACAGUACAGCUAGUACUGACAUAUCGUCAUCAUGAGAAGGGACGUUGGCUCUGGUCAGAUGGGUCAUGAAUUGAGUUUCACUUUGCCAAAUUUUAGUUAAUUUAGCACCAAUCCUUUAGGAGUAUAAGUCCGUUGUAUUGAGUAAUUCUAUGUUAAUAAUCACUGCAGUGAUGUAUUGAGAAUGUGCUAUUUCUUGUCAUACAAGAAUCGUGUAUAAAGAAACCUAUUUCUGAUGUUGAGCAGAAAACAGAGGUUAUUUUUUAUUUUUAGAGCAAGUCAAUACAAGGGAUGUGUAGAAAAAUCAAAGGACAUUAUUCUAGAACUGAACUGUGAUGCUCCCUCGGGGGGUUGAUAGAACAUGUAUAUGUCUGUAAAUCAAAUAAACCUAUUUAAUCACUUCA